UAUUAUUAUUACUAUUUAGUUUUAGUAUUUAGUAUUUUGUCGUAUAAACUUAAAAUCGUACAGUCCACUAUCAAGUUUUACAAACAAAUUCAACGAAUAAAUUACAAGUGUUACAAAUACCUUACGAAUUAACAAGACAAGUUUGUCUGUGCUUAAAUAUUAUACGCACAUCUCAUCCGUAUUUUGUUUCGGAUCGAGGUCGCGUUUUCAUUUGCUCGUUUAUUUUUUAUCUGUUUUCCCCCUUCGAUUUUUGUGUUUGGAAGUGACGUGACAAACGGAAACGAGCCAUCGCGUAACGUUUCCCCACUGGAAUUUUACAUUCAGUUUUUAGAUUAUGACUGACGAAAAAUUACCUCCUAUGAUGGCCACAGACGAUCCAGUUGAUGACGAGGACGACGAUAUUUUCAGUUCAACAAUAGACGAUCUUAGCAGUCUGCGAAACGAAGAGCUUUUCGCAUCGUUGGCAGCAAAUCCUCCGCCAUUGACCAACAUUAGUUUGAAUGAAGGAUCAUCCACACUACUUGAAACAGAUGUACCGCUUAACAAUGAUCACAAAGAGGUGCAACAGAUGACUAGUAAAAAUGUAAUUUCUAAUGGAUUUGAAGAUGAAAUCAAUUUAAAAGAAAACGAUACUCCUUCAACUUCUGAAGAAAUUAAUCAAGUGGAAGAUAUACAAAAUGUGUCUACUAACGAAAUGAACUUUGAAAAUAUUGAAAACGGUUUUAUAAAAAUAUCUAUUUCUGAGACUACUAAGGUUGGAGAAGGCAUGAGCUCCUACGUUGCAUAUAGAAUUGUUACCCGUACAAAUAUGACUAUCUUUAAAACAAAUAAUAUGGCAGUGCUUAGAAGGUUCAGUGAUUUCUUAGGACUACAUAAUAAGCUAACUGAAAAAUAUUUAAGAAAUGGGCGUCUCAUACCCCCUGCUCCUCAAAAAAAUAUGUUAGGUUCGACUAGAAUUAAAAUAUCUGGAAACCAAUCUGAUCAAGCAACGUCAGCAGAAUUUAUAGAAAAAAGACGUUUAGCCUUAGAAAGAUUUUUAAAAAGGAUUGCUUUACAUCCAAUUCUACGUAACGAUAAAAGCUUUUGUGAUUUUCUAGAACAAGAUUGUGAACUUCCAAAGGCUACUAGUACAUCUGCAUUAAGUGGUGCUGGUGUCAUGAGACUUUUCAAUAAAGUUGGAGAAACUGUUAACAAAAUCACUUAUAAAAUGGAUGAAAACGAACCAUGGUUUGAAGAAAAAGAAGUGCAAAUAGAAAAUUUGGAUUUGCAACUUCGGAAUUUACAUGGAGCUGUUGAAACAUUAGUGAUCAACCGUAAGGAAUUAGCACAUUCAAGUGGAUCUUUUGCAAAAUCUGCAGCAGUAUUGAGUAACUGUGAAGAACAUACUGGAUUGUCACGCGCAUUAUCACAACUUGCCGAUGUAUUUGAAAAGGUUGAAUCUGUAAGAACUGAACAAGCCAAUACAGAUUUCUCUAUUUUUUGUGAACUGUUAAAGGAUUAUAUUGGCCUUAUUGGAGCUGUAAAAAAUGUAUUUCAUGAACGAGUGAAAGUCUAUCAAAAUAUGCAACAUGCACAAAUGAUUUUAACAAAAAAGCGGGAACAAAAAACCAAGCUAGAACUUACUGGACGUUUAGAUAAAGUAGGCUUUGUUACAAAUGAAGUAUCCGAGUGGGAAGCAAAAUUAUCCAGGUGUCAAGAUGAAUUUGAUCAAAUUUCUAAAACAAUUAAAGUGGAAUUUGAACAGUUUGAGAUAAACCGAAUCAAAGAGUUUAAGACAGUUAUAUCGUCAUAUCUUGAAGAAAUGAUAAACCAUCAAACUCUGAUUAUUAAACAUUGGCAAGCGUUUAUUCCUGAAGCUAAAGCCAUAGCCUGACCCAAUUCUAAUGGCCAAUGUGAUUUGGCUUCUAGCAAACGUAAAGAACCUGUUCACAUUUUAGAAUUUGCUGGAAAUAUAUUGGAAGCAUAUACAGAGUCAUAAAUUCAACAUUCUUUACUCUAAUUUGUUUAUUUAUUUAAUUGUUUAUCAUAAUGUUUAGAAUUCAUUAUUUAUCCCAAAAUAAUCAUGUAUUUCUCCAGUAAUUAUUAUUAUUAUUUUUUAAACAUUCUAUUCUAUUAAUUUAUCUUUAUUUUUAUAUUAUCAAUACAUAAAUACAUAUAUAUGUACAUGAAUAUACACAUAACAUGUAUAUUUAUAUUAAAAUAAUUAUUGAUGUUUACCUAUUUGCUAUUAAUUAUUGUAAAACCAAUUGUCUUUAUUGUAUUGUUGUUAUUGGUACAUUUCACAAUCUUGUGUAAUCACCUAUUAUAAAUUACGGAAACAAAUAAGUUGAUACUAGUUAUAAAUUAUUUAUUGUUAAAAUUAUUAUAUAUAUACAUUUACCAAUUAAAUCAGUCAUCUAUAAGUUUUGGAA